AUGGCGGCUGCCGCCUGCAGUACGUCCAAACCGCGUAAAGAACACCUGAGGAAAAGUAGGGAUUCUCGGAGGAGACAAGCAGCUCUUUUAUUCCUUAGUAACAUUUCUCUAGACGGACGGCCGGUUCAACCGUUAGACCAUGGAUACCGAGACCCCCAUCGCCGAGACGGCGAGUUCCUGGUGGCCGAUAUCGGAGCGACAGUGGCCGGGAUGUCAACGGGAUCUAGUAGUAGCUAUGGGACCUUCGGGAACCUACCAACGUCUGUGAGCUGUGGGGCCGUUGGGAACGUUAGCCCCGUACCGAGACUCGGGGUGAUCACUGUCCCGCCCGUCCUCGUACUGCCUUCGGACUCGUUCAAUGAUGGGACCACGGAGGUAUUUCUGGAGAGGCGAGGAGGCUCGUUUUCCUCGCAGGGAAACCUCCUCUCUCCCUCGGGUCUCCUUACUACUCCACUCGGACCGCGGAAGUCGUCCACAUUGCUGUCAGUUCAGAGUUGUAAUUCGGUGACUUCGGAAUCUGGACGGUGUCGGACUCGUAACCUGUCAGGCUCUCCUAGACCCCGCCCUGUGAAGAAGGUCCACUUCAUCAAGAACAUGAGACAGUACGACACGCAAGGCAGCAGGAUCGUGUUGAUCUGUGCCAAGCGUUCUCUGUUUGCGGUGUUCUCAGUGUUGCCCUAUGGAGAGAGCGUUCACAUCAGUGACCCCAAGUUGGACAGACGUAGAUAUUCAUCAGGGAACAUCUCUACCACUCUGGAGAUGCUGCCAGGCCUGGAGGGUUUUGAACAGGAGCCAUACGGCAAGACGGUGUCGUACGCCCAGUUCCUGUACCCAACCAAUGCCCUGGUCCGCCAGAAGACCCCCUCGGUGGACAUCACCCUGCAGCUGCCCCUCACCCAGGUGACCCGGAACAGUAUCCCCAGAAACUACACCCCAUCUAGGCUUAACUCCAACGUGGGACUGGAUUUAGGUGUGGAUGACACUGCAGACUAUGACCCCAACCUUCUGAGUGACCCCCAGUGGCCCUGUGGGAAACACAAGAGAGUCCUGAUCUUCUCCUCAUACAUGACGACAGUGAUAGAGUAUGUGAAGCCGUCUGAUCUGAAGAAGGACAUGAACGAGACGUUUAAAGAGAAGUUUCCUCACGUCAAGCUGACUCUCAGCAAGAUCAGGAGUCUGAAAAGGGAGAUGCGUACGGUGGGCGAUGACUGCGGACUGCAGCCGGUCACCGUGGCGAUGGCGUUUGUGUACUUUGAGAAGCUGGUCCUCCAGGGGCGACUCAACAAACACAACAGGAAGUUGGUGUCCGCCGCCUGCGUGCUCCUCGCCGCUAAGAUCAGCAGCGACCUCAAGAAGCAGGACGUCAUGCAGCUCAUAGAUAAACUGGAGGAGCGUUUUCGUAUCAGUCGGCGAGAGUUGAUCCCGUUUGAGUUCACUAUCCUGGUUGCCCUGGAGAUGGCUCUGUACCUGCCUGAGAGCACCAUCAUGCCACACUACCGACGCCUGGUACGGCAGAACUAGGACCACACCCCUGCCACGCCCAAUGCCACACCCACAGGAACAGGAGCCACACCUACUAGGACUGAAGACUGGACAUGGGGGCAGAGUGGGGGGGGUUAAAGUUCAGCAGUAGCAUUGGGAUCAAAUGUGAGGUCUGUCACUUUACCACAGGAAUACCAGUUAGUAGUUAGCAGCGUGAGUCAUGACUUUACCACAGGAAUACCAGUUAGUAGUUAGCAACAUGAGUCAUGACUUUACCACAGGAAUACCAGUUAGUAGUUAGCAGCGUGAGUCAUGACUUUACCACAGGAAUACCAGUUAGUAGUUAGCAGCGUGAGUCAUGACUUUACCACAGGAAUACCAGUUAGUAGUUAGCAGCGUGAGUCAUGACUUUACCACAGGAAUACCAGUUAGUAGUUAGCAACAUGAGUCAUGACUUUACCACAGGAAUACCAGUUAGUAGUUAGCAGCGUGAGUCAUGACUUUACCACAGGAAUACCAGUUAGUAGUUAGCAGCGUGAGUCAUGACUUUACCA